AAUUGCAUAAACAGCACAAGGUUUUAUUAUAUAUAUAUAUAAUUUUUAUAUAUAUACAAGGUAAUUUACUAUACAUAUAAAAAAAUGUUAUAUGUUACUUUCUAGAAUGAAUCUCCACUGGGCUUACAAUGUUCAUAAAGCAGAGAAUGUGGAUCCUGAUCUUCCACCAAUUCUCGUCUUUCAUGGGCUAUUUGACUGCAAAGAAAAUUGGGCAGAAUUAGCACAAUCCAUUUCUGAGAAACUUAAUAGAGAGGUUUAUGUUUUUGACCUCCCUAAUCAUGGAGAUAGUAAAACAUUAUCAUAUUCAGAUUAUUCACUAUUGGUGGAAGAAGCAAAAGAAAUCUUAAUUCAAUUUGAUAGACCAGUGAUAUUAAUGGGACAUAAUCUAGGUGGAAUUCUUUCCAUUCUUUUGGGAACAGAAAUGGAAGAAUUGGUUUGUAAGAUAGUUUUAAUCGAUGUAUCGCCAGUUGAUAUUCCUCUCAGAGUGGAUGAUGAAAUUACUGCUGUUAUUCGCAUCAUGCGUGAAGCACUAUUGUCUUUACCACCUCAAAUAUCUUUUAAUAAUGCAAAAGAGAAGGUUGACCAAUUUUUUAAAACUAAAAUAAAACAACAGUUUCUUCGUAAAAUGCUUUUGCAAAGCUUUGCAAAAGUUGAAGAUGAAUUUACCUGGAAAAUUAAUUUGAAUGAACUUGAAUCAUCAGGAGUCAAUAAGUCAUUAACUAACUGUUAUCCGUUACGCUGUCUAUGCUAUACAGACACCUUAUUAAUUUAUGCAGGACAAUCUAAUUAUGUUGUACCUUCAAAGGACUUAAAAAUUGCAUUUCCCAAUCUAACAAUGCAAUGCAUCAGUGAUUCAGAUCACCACAUUCAUAUGGAAAAGCCUGAAAAACUACUCAAUGAAAUGAUAAAAUAUUUCUCAAAAUAAACCUAAAUCAUAUUCCGUUGACUAAUUACAACAACAAAUCAAUGUUGCAACCUUGAAUUUAAGGAGUUUUAUAACUAUAAUUUGUAAUAAAAAGC